AUGUCUUCGACUCCGCAAGCCACGGCUGCACCGGCGGCGACAGCAGCGCCGGCGACGGUCAGGGCCCCGGCUACUGUUGCUCCGGGAAGUGCUGCUGCCGCAAGUGGGAGCGGGAGGGAGAGGCUGCCGAUUGAGUUGUGUAAGGGCAUCAAUGGCCUUGAUAAAAUUGUUCUCCGGGAAGUCCGUGGCAGCUCUGCUGAGGUGUAUCUGUAUGGAGGUCAUGUGACAUCUUGGAAGAAUGAUCACGGGGAGGAGUUGCUUUUCCUCAGCAGCAAGGCCAUUUUCAAACCUCCGAAGGCAAUUCGUGGAGGAAUUCCUAUAUGCUUCCCUCAAUUCUCCAAUCAUGGAUCUCUGGAGCAACAUGGAUUUGCUCGAAACAGGAUUUGGAGCAUUGACAAUGAUCCUCCUCCGUUUCCCACUAGCACCUCUGCUAAGGCUUUUGUUGAUUUAAUUCUCAAGCCCACAGAAGAAGACCUGAAGAUCUGGCCUCACAGUUUCGAGUUCCGCUUGAGAAUUAGUUUGUCACCUGCUGGCGAUUUGAUGUUGACUUCUCGCAUCAGAAACACCAAUGCAGAUGGAAAACCAUUCACAUUUACAUUUGCAUAUCAUACUUAUUUCUCAGUUUCAGAUAUCAGUGAAGUUCGUGUUGAAGGAUUGGAGACUUUGGACUACCUUGAUAACUUGCAGAAUAAGGAACGAUUUACUGAACAAGGAGAUGCUAUUACUUUCGAGGCUGAAGUGGACAAAAUUUAUCUUGGAACACCCACAAAGAUUGCAAUUCUGGAUCAUGAGAAGAAAAGAACAUUUGUCCUUCGUAAAGAUGGACUCCCGGAUGCUGUGGUGUGGAACCCUUGGGAGAAGAAAGCGAAGGCAAUGGCUGAUUUUGGUGAUGAAGAAUACAAGCACAUGUUGUGUGUGGAGGCCGCUGCUGUUGAAAAGCCUAUUACUCUAAAACCUGGUGAGGAGUGGAGAGGAAGGCAAGAACUGUCUGCUGUUCCUUCCAGCUAUUGUAGUGGGCAACUUGAUCCUCGGAGAGUUCUUCUAGGCAGCUAG